GGAAGUUUACUAUGAAAUCUCCUGAGAUCACAGCAAAGCAAUGUAAGACCUCAGCACUGCUGAUGCUGCUUAGAAAUUGGCAUUUUUCAGCUUUAUAUCAGCCCUAACUGUCCACAGAGCACUUAAUCUGACACGGCCAGAGCACUGAGAGAUAUCAGGUAUUGAUGUAACUGGAGUGAAUAAGGGAACCUUCUUCCUGAUCAGACAUUGGAGCCUGUUAUCAGCAUGAACUCAUAUGUGUUGGACCAACACUUGAAUCGUUCAUAUCCAUCCUUCACUACAGGAAGCAUCAGAAUGAUACCGCAAACUCCAAAAGUCUUAGACACUAAUGACUAUUCACAAACAUUGGGGAUAUCACAGCAGAUAUUUAAAGAAGAUGGUGAAUUUGCAGGAACUGGGCAACAAACAUGUACAGAGAGUAAUUUAGUCAUCAAACAAGAGGACAACAUUUAUGCCUUAUCUAGUGAAAUGAUUAUCCCAGAGGAUAAACCACACACAUUUACUGAGUUUUCAAAACAUAUUAAAGAAGGGAAAAGUCUACAGUCUAGCCAAAUGAUUCAUACAAAGGAGAAACCUUUCAAAUCUACAGAAUGUGAGAAAAGCUUUAGAGGGAAGUCUCAUCUACUAGAACACCACAAAAUUCACACAGGUGAGAAGCCACACACAUGUACUGAGUGCGGAAAAUGUUUUACACAAAUGGAUCAUCUGAAAACUCAUAAAAAGAUUCACACAGGAGAAAAGCCUUUCACGUGUACAGAGUGUGGAAAAUGUUUUAUAGAAAAGAGUCAUUUGAAAACUCAUAAAAAGAUUCACACAGGGGAGAAGCAGUUCACAUGUACAGAGUGUGGAAAAGGAUUUACAAUAAAGUGUAAUCUGAAAACUCAUGAAAGGAUUCACACAGGUGAAAAGCCUUUCACAUGUACAGAGUGUGAAAAAAGUUUUAAACGAAUGGAUUGUCUGAAAGCUCAUGAAAUGAUUCACACAGGAGAAAAGCCAUUCACAUGUACAGAGUGUGGAAAAUGUUUUACACUAAAGAGUAAUCUGAAAACUCAUGAAAGGAUUCACACAGGGGAAAAGCCAUUCACAUGUACAGAGUGUGGAAAAAGAUUUACACAUAUACAUUGUCUGAAAACUCAUGAAAGGAUUCACACAGGAGAAAAGCCUUUCACAUGUACAGAGUGUGGAAAAAGCUUUACACAAAUGAGUAAUCUAAAAUAUCAUGAAAUGAGUCACACAGGGGGAAAGCUUUUCACAUGUACAGAGUGUGGAAACUGUUUUACACAAAAGAUUCAUCUGAAAAAGCAUGAAAUGAUUCACACAGAAGAAAAGCCUUUCACAUGUACAGAGUGUGGAAAAAGGUUUACACGUGUGAGUAAUCUGAAAACUCAUGAAAAGAUUCACACAGGAGAAAAGCCUUUCACAUGUACAGAGUGUGGAAAAAGGUUUACACGUGUGAGUAAUCUGAAAACUCAUGAAAAGAUUCACACAGGAGAAAAGCCUUUCACAUGUACAGAGUGUGGAAAAAGGUUUACACAAAUGAGUAGUCUGAAAACUCAUGAAAAGAUUCACAAGGGAAGAAACCUUUAACAUGUUUAGAAAAUAGGGUUGCUACCUUUAGCUCAGCCGAUUCCCGACACUUUGCAAAUGGGCGUGGUUGAGGAUGUGGUUAGGGGUGUGGCUUCACACGACCUUAAAGAGACAUUCCAGCCAAAAUUGUAAUCCAUGUGUAUGCAUUUCAGUUUUGAGUAGAAGCAUUUUUGUAACAUACAUGUAUUAGAAAAAAUGCUUCUAAUACGUUUUAUAGUUGUUUCAAAAGUGUAUUUAAGUAUGCCCCGUGCACCAGCAUUUUAAACAUAGCACUUGCUCAGAGAGCCUAAGGUGCUUUUACUAAUGACUCAAUUUGUUCAUUGCUGACAUGCACACAUGCACGUGCAGAGAAAAAUAUUAUCACUAAAAUAGUUAUAACUUUAACUAGAAACAUUUUUGCCAAUACGUGUUUAUUGCAAAUAUGUUUCUAUCCAAAGAUGUAAUUCAUCUGUGUAUUUAAAUUUUGAUCGGAGUGUCUCUUUAAUAAAAUACAUUUUACUAUUUUUUGGUCUGUUAUUAAAGGAUUGAGUGUUUAUAAUGUUUACUUUAAUACACACACGGCAAAGAUAGAUGAGAGAGAGAUAUUAUAUAUAUAUAUAUAUAUAUAUUCAAUUUGGUAGAUAGACUGACAGAAAGCUGUAUGUGUGUAUAUAUACCCAUUAAGGGUCUAGCCAGAUCUGCCAAACUGGAGGGGGGGGGAAUGUCACAGAUACCAGACAGCCAUGGCUGCCCCCACCCCCCCUACUGCCUGCCUGACUCCUUGUCACACCAGAUUUGGCCCUUUCAUGGCUAGCGGGAUCUUGCUAUCUAAUGUUUUGCCAUACUGUGCUAGCACGCAAGAGUUGAACCCCUACCACCUCAUCCCCUUCUGUUCCUAAGCGGAUUUGGGUUCCGGAGAGCAACCGCAAUCUCCCAGACAUUUUGUUUGUUAUUUGGUGAUGAGUACUUUGUCAGAGAAGAGCUGGUCUCUGUUCGGAAAAACCCUCCUGGGCUGGGCUGGCUCCUGGAACUCCCGGUCGGCCGCCGUGACAGCAGACACCCGAACAGCAGGACACCCGCUGACUUUACCCCUGGUCGCUCCAGCGGCCCUUUGCCCUGGAGUGCUGCUCUUAUGGGGAUUGGUAGCCCCUAGGGUGGACAAGAGGGGGAAUUACUGGAAGGGAGCUCCUUUGGGGACAAUCCUACCCCCAUAACUUCAACAGACUGUAUCUCCGGUCCCCAGUAACAAAUCACGUCGCAUUUUUGGGCUGUGGCAUCUGGGGACUGAGAGCUUUAAAAUGGCACCUAAAAGUGCUGCCGCUUCACCAGGAUCAUCCCAAAACCGCCACCCCUGGGUACUGGGAUUCUGUGAGAUUGUGGCUGCUAUGGAGGUGCCAGUCUGUCUGGAGGGGCGGGAAAAUUGUGGGAUUGUCCAGUGUCUUAUCAAGAUGAGCUUUGUGUAUAAAAGGAGUGUGUGUUUUCCAAUAAAAUCAGUUCUUGUUCCACCUGAA